UUUUUGUUUGACAGAGUUUUACAGAACCUUUUUUUUCUUUCAUUGACGACAGAGGUUGAGGAAGGGGAGAGAAGAUCAGAAGAGCGGUUUUCGAUUCUCGAAAUCGAAAACCCUCUUCAAUCCAUUUCUGUAUUCUCUGCAAGAACUUUAACGGUUUCUUUCUCCUCUUCUCGAUUCUCUUGUCUGAAUUUGUCUGUUGUCGUUUAAAAGCUAGUAAUAUUCAUUCAAGUCUCUUCUGCCCUUGAGGAGAGAAAAGGAGGCUAGACUCUCCUCCUUUUCUUUGUUUUCUUUGUUGGUUUGCAGGUAUUUGCAAGAAAAUGAACGAUUCACAAAGCGGAGGAGGAAGAUGGAAAUUUCUAAAAGGAAAGCUUGGAUUAAAAUCGAUGACAUGCUGUAGUGGUGGAAUAUGGGGUUUAGGAGCAGCAUCAUCAAACAUGAGAGUCAGAGAAGAGGAAGAAGAAGAUGAUUUAGAAAUGCAAUUAACGGAACAUGUAGUUGAUGUGGGUCCUACUAAUGGUACAAGUACAACCACCGGUGGUAGAGAUUGUGUUCCUCGUUCAGCAUCUGGCAUCAAUUUGGCCAUGGCGUUAGCAGCCGAAAGACAUUAUAGAGCAGCACAAGAAUACGAAGUGGGUCCUACUAGUAGUAGUAGUAGAAGUACAUCAAAUAAUGCUAUACCAACUGGUACACCUAUGAGAGUAUCACUAAUGAGAUUGCUUGAAGAAGGGGAUGGUAUAGAUUUUGAUGAGGAUGAUGAUUUCGAUGAUGAAGAUGAAGAAACGGAGAAAGGGAAUGAUAAAAAAGGAGGAUUGGGCAGUGAUGUUAUGUGUUGCGUGUGUAUGAGAAGGAAAAAAGGUGCGGCUUUUAUACCAUGUGGCCAUACAUUUUGUCGUGUUUGUUCCAGAGAGCUCUGGUUAAAUCGAGGUUCUUGUCCACUUUGUAACCGUUCGAUUCUUGAGAUUCUUGAUAUCUUCUAAACUAAAACAGCAACCAACCUUUUCUCGUAGAUAUUUGCGCUUCUUUUUCUUGAACUCUAAAUUAGUGAGGGGAUAGGAAUGUGUAUGUAGAUUUAAAUUCUGAACUUGUAAUCACGUUUCUCUAUUUUAUCAUUAAGUUGUUAUUCUUUUUCUCUACUUUUCCUUUGGUUUGAUAUAAUCAAAUCUUCUGUUGUUUGUAACUCAUUGGUGGAUGAACAAACGAUUGACUCUCA